AAAAACAAUGAAUCGUAAUUUCUAUUUUCGUUUCACCGAAUAACACCAGACAUUCUCAGAAUGCAUUCUGGCAUACCCACACCUUGUUGGGUGAAUCUUUUCAGUGUCUAUAUUCAGCUCUUACCGAAUACAGUAGCCUCUGGAGAUCUAUGUACCAGCGGACCCAGUUAAAUAGACUGUUCCCGAAAGGUAGAGGGGUAGAUCUAUAAAUAAGUCACUAGAGGGAACAUGCUUGAACAAGAGAAAAAGUCGGAGAGCAAACUGUGUCAUAAGUGCAACAAAGCCCUGGGUGGCCAUCCACUUCUCUGCUCCUGCUCAGCUACGACUUUCAGAUACUGCUGCUUGAAAUGUCUCAGCGAUGAUGACAAAUGUUGGGGUGCAUGCCACAGGGGCAGUGUUGGUCCAGAAAUGGAAAACACAAAUGAAGAAUCCUCGGAAAAUAAUCACCCUUCAUGGACGGACAUAAAGAAAAGAGCGAAACUUCUCACACCUCUCGGCAACUUCCGCCCCAGUUUGCUAGAUCCUGCUGCCUACGUGCUGCGGGAGGGCAUGGCAGCAUUUCAGAAUGCCUCAGAAAGUGAACUCAGUAGAGGUGAAACCAUGCAGGAUGCCGUGUGUUCGAACAAUGUGGAAACUCCAAUGGAGGUAUCGAGGUCGGAGUGUGUGAACAGGGGUGAUGUUUCCAGUUCUGACGAUUUGAAUGUUCGGAGCCUGCACCGUGCCAGUAAUUCCUCAGUAGAGGUUCAGUCCUCACUCCCUCCUCACAGUAGGUCUACAGCUUCAACGACUGUGUCUGCCUCAGACUGUGGGCCAUCUACUAAUUCAUGUGAAAGUCUGUUGAACCAAAAUGUGAACUCAAAUGAAAGUCUGUCGAACCAAAAUGUAAAUUCGUGUGAAAGUUUGCCGGAGCAAAAUAUGAGAACCGGUAGUCGAAACUUGAGAUUAGGCGAAGGUAGUAGAUUGCCUGCUGCAACAAACAUUUGCACACCUAGAGGUCCUGACGGUACAAGUUCGAAUGCCAACAGUAUUGAUCAUCACGGCACUUCUUUUGGCCGAGGUUGGUGGGUAGGUGGGACAUCAUCGGAAAGACGUGGCUCUUUGCCGCAGACUCGCCAUGACGAUGGGAACGAUUUCGGUGCAGGUUGGUGGAAGGGAGCAGACAGAAAGUCGGAAGCUUCGAAAGGGGCUAGAAGUAAAAAGAGAAACACAAGUGCUCCCCCUAGUGAGCUGAGGAAAAGGGUGCGGAACAAUCGCGAGAGUUUUGGCUCUGGCUGGUGGGUAGGACGAUUGGACAAACCAAAGGAGGAAUCUAAACAUUCAAAUAACAGAACCAAUGUCCGUGAAGGGGCGGCAGCCAGAGGGGAAGAUCGUUCAUCAAGGGACCAUUCUGGGCGGCCGACUUCAGGCUGUGAUAAAAGUAAAGAGAGGACAACCUCGUCAGCGCUUGUUCGUGGAGAAAGUGAAAGAGAUGAGCCUGUUUUAGAUCUUGUCCCUUAUCAGGUGCAGACAAAUCCAAGUGUUGUGGUUCUGUUCCUGCUGCAGGUGACUUUGUUCAAGAAGCAUCUGCUGGAUAUAGAGGAGGCCCACGGACGGUCGGUGUACACAGUGCUGUCUGCUGUACCGGGCCUGUGGCGAGCAUCUCUGGGCGGGUCUAAGUGCUCACUGCUGGUCCAAGUCCUGGGCAUGUCCUCAGAGCUCCGCAAUGCGGUCUGUGUCAGGGACAUCCAAGGUCACAUGACGAUGGUGUUGUUCCCCUUCCUGAGGUUGGACGAGGAGACCCCGGGCAUGGGCAGAGACAGCACAUCGUUCGUGUUCCUGCGAGCCGUGCACUGGACGCAGCUCUUCGACGGGCAGCUGGUCAUCAUGAUGGAGCACAGGGAGGAUGUGUUGCCUGGGAGAUUUGUCUAGCACGUGUUGUACACACAGGGAAGAUGUGUUGACCGGCAGAUUUGUCUGACACGUUGACACGUGUUGUACACAUAGGGAGGAUGUGUUGACCGGGAGAUUUGUUUGACACGUGUUUUACACACAGAGAGGAGUGCCACUGACUGUAGUGUCUUUAGACCAUUCCAAAAGAGGGGACAUUUCUUGUUCAAGCACAGUAGAAUU